UCCUUUCUUCGCACUAAACGGGCAAGUGCGCGUUUGGAGAAUACAAGUCGUGAACUGUCUCGAAACUUUAGUGACUAUCACUGUGUAGCUUUAAACUUCAGCAGGAAAAUACUAUUGCGUUUUUCUAACUGGGUGAAGGUGGUAUUUUAAACCGCUUCGGUGUGUUUUAAACGUCUUUUGGACGCGUAAACAGCGUAAAAGAGGAGUUGUGGGUGGGUUUGACGGUUAUGGCAGCACCGCGACCUAUUAAAGGCAUCCUAAAGAACAAAUCCAGUAUCAAUGACCGACCUGAAGAACCAGUUCAGGAGGACACACCAGAACCAGGAGCCUAUAUAAACCUUGAUGACGACCAACAGAAAAAGUCACAGAAAUGGGAUGAAAUGAACAUUUUGGCCACAUAUCACCCAGCAGACAAGGACUAUGGGUUGAUGAAGAUAGAUGAACCAAGCACACCAUACAACAGGAUGGUCGGUGAUGACGAGGAUGAGGGGGCGCUCAGUGACUCUGAAGGAAAUACAGUCCUACCAGGAGAUGACCUCGCCAAAAAACUGGAAGCCGCAGUGGAGGGAGCCGAAUCUCGCUUCAUGAGGGACCAGGAGGAGGAGACCAGUGAGGAAGAAGAGGAGGAAUUGAGUCCGGAGGAGCAAGUCAGAAAGAAGGAAUUCCAAAUGAUGAGAAAGAUGCAUUAUAAUGAAGGCCUGAACAUCAAACUAGCUCGACAGCUAAUCGCAAAUGAGCUGGAAGAGGAGGAAGAUGAAGACGAAGAAAUGAAGGACGACACAGAGACCGAAGACAUCAACGUCGACCCACCUCAAGAGGCUGAUUCUCUUGAUUCCUAAGGAUGUCAAGACUUGUGCUUCAACUCCUGCCUUGUCACAUGAACCUUUAAAAGGCACAGUGUUGUCACUGGUUCAGCGCCAGGGUUCCUUUCCACCUUGUGUAUUUCACCGACACUGCAAUGCCACUCAUAUCAACCAGCUUCUUCAUUUGCCAAACGUUUCUUGUCAUCAUGCUAACAAAACAAGACUGUUAUCAGACAUUUUGAGGUCAGUGGUCGACCCUCUUCCUGGCUGAAGAGCAUGGGAGCUCCAUGCCUAACAACCGCCAGGCUAUCAAGAAGUGCGUUUGUUCCCAGCGCUACCUGAACGUGGCUAACGGUAGCAGAUCCGCUUCAACAUGCCCUCCUUUAUCCUGAUCUCAUGACUUCCCGAAUGAAACACAAGGUUCUUGUUUCCAAACACCAGUUUGUUUUCAUUGAAUACCAACCAAUAAUGCAACUUAAAGGUGGUUUAGCAUGCAUUGGUUGUAAGUUUGAGACUUAAAUCAAGAGGACUGUGUGCUCUUUGAAUCAGCUGAUACACGUGUGUAGUCUUAAACUGCUCAUAUGAGCUUGGCUCUGUGCAUGGCUUGUAACAAAACCAUGUUGAGUUAUAUUGGCACUAAUUAUCCUGUGUAUUCAUUGAUGGGUAAGUAUUACUUAACUUUAAACUACUGAUCAAUAGAUUGAACCUUUUGGUUGUCUUUUCCAGAUUAAGACAACUGCUUUAAUAGAUUCUAAACAGUGCUGAAGUAUUUUAUUUUUACAUCAUUGUUGGGUUUGUGUGAUUUAAGUUUUCGGUUACCUUUUUUUCUAAAUGCCAAUCUGAAGAUUUUGUUCUGUGAUUAUAAUUCAUCAUAAUUUAAUAAUUUUCCUGUAAUGUUUUGAUCAAUAUCUAAAUUCAACCUCAAAUAAUACAUAAUUUACUGUCAUUUAUAUUGUUGAGUGUUUCUCACCCUCUGUUUUAUCACUUUAUAUAUGUGAAUUCUUGCACACAAUAAAACGGGUGAAUUUUACAAAGUCCACCGUAUUUAAUUUGGCAUAUUUUAACCCGCAAAUCAAGUUAGAAUUGAAAAGGUUAUUAUUAAAUGAAUGCUAGUUGAAGAUUCCCCUCAUGGCUGCAAUGCAAAUACUACUCUCAUCUUUAUUACUGUAAUACAAAAGAGAAUUCUUUAUGUAAAAAAAAUAAGUAUAUAUCAUGGUAGUAUGUGUAGUAAUGCCUUUAUGCUGAUUAUACUGUACUACAAAAAAUAAAGCUUUGGGUUGAACUUAAAAUAAAACUGAAACAUCUCGAUGCAUUGCAGUAAACUUUAAACCAAUGCUCUUAUCGUGAACGAUGAUUGCAUGAACCAGGCAGGUUUUGUAAAAUUUACCCUAAUAUCAAACCUUUUUUGGGGGUUGAGAGUUUCUGUGUGUUAACAUAAAAUGGCACAAUCAAUCAUUUAUAUAUUACAGUGUGUAGUUCUAAAGUUUCCACUGUUAUGAAUGUGUUAAAUGAGGAUGGAAAUGUCAUAUGUUGUACCCUUGAAUGAUGCAAGUGUGUUCAGUUCUCUGUAUAAUGUCUUUAAAUUUGGUAAAGGCAAAUAUUUCUUGAAGUGUUGCAUAUUUAAAUAUAAUAAGGGUAAGGGAUAAUGGAAUUAAAGGAAUAUUAUGGGUUCGAAAGUUAAA